AUGACAAGCCCGAAGUAUCCAAAGGUCGUAGGUAUCGAAAACGAUCCUGUGCCACUACCCAAUCUAAACAUACUUCUCUUAGGCUAUGAUUUGGUCCAGCAAAUCGGCGGGGGAGGCUUUGCACGCGUAUUUCGCGCCGUCAACCUCGAGCAACACCUCGUCGCAGCAUGCAAAUUCGUCCCCAUCACGCCCCAUACCACAGACAAAGAACGACGGACGCUUGAAAAAGAGAUGCGGAUUCACAACACUGUCAAGCACGUCAACUGUCUCGCUUUUAUCGAUGCGUGUGUCGUCGAGCUUAAAUUGUCCGCAAAAUACAUACCAGGAUUCUAUUUCCUGAUCGAACUCGCUGCUGGGGGGGACUUGUUCGAUAAGAUCGCCCCUGACGUGGGAGUUGGAGACGAGGUCGCGCAUCUCUAUUUCAAUCAGCUUAUAUCUGGCGUUGACCAUAUACACAAAUUGGGCGUCGUGCAUCGGGACUUGAAGCCUGAAAAUAUUCUCCUCGACGUUACGGGCACGCUCAAGAUAUCUGAUUUCGGACUGGCUGCGGUCUAUAUGUUAAAAGAGACAGGAAGGAUACGGCAACUGACGGAUCGUUGCGGGAGCUUGCCGUAUGUGGCACCAGAGUUGAACGGAGCAGAAGCAUAUGCCGCUCAACCAGUCGAUGUGUGGGGUGUUGGCGUCAUAUUAUACACUUUGCUUGCCGGAAACACCCCUUGGGACGAACCCUCCAUACGGAGUCCUGAAUUCGUCCGAUACCUCGAUGGUGAAGUGUUCCAAGAAGAGCCAUGGUCUCGAUUCAGCCCGAAUGCCCUAUCACUCAUUCAGGGCCUUCUCACUGUCGAACCCAAAGACAGAUUCACAAUAGAUGAUGCGUUUCGGCACCCAUGGUGUACGAGGCCCAGCCAACUCGCGAAAAAGAGCCCUGCGACACUGGCGGAAGCUCUCACCGAGUCGCUGCGAACGGCCGGCGACUUGGAUCUUGCCGCCCCUGUUCUCAGUCCAAGCAACCCUCCAGACGAUGAAGACGUCGAAAUGCUGUCGGCACCACACCAAACGCAAUUCACUCAAACCUUGAUGCUUUUCUCCCAAACCCAAUCUGGUGUUCGUUAUACCCCCCAUCUAACUCGAUUUUAUGCGGGUGUUCCGCCAGAGUCUCUUCUACCAGCCAUUUGUGAAGGCCUCGUAUCUUUGGGUGUCCAAAUAAAAAAUGCCCCACCCAACGGAACGACACUCCGUGUCCGCAUCGGGGGACAAGAUGCACGCAAAGAGGCCUUUCGGGGCUGGGUCGAGCUUGAUCCGUUCGAAUACCAUGGCUCGCAUGGUACUUUCUGCGUAAUGCAACGAGACAAUGGAAACCCUAUCUCAUGGCGACAACUUUGGCGGGCGACGAUUCAGACACCAUUUGUCGAGCCCCUUGUGCUCAAAAAACGUGCCGCAUCUACUUGA